UAAAAUUAAAAUGUCAAGAGAAAAUGCUGUGCAGCUGCUUCCCUACACGGAAAGAGCACAAUCUUUCUUACCAGCAAUUCCAGGAGCCCGAGUGGAAGUUAUAGAAGACCGGCUACUAAAUCAAGAGAAGACAACCACAAUUCUAUUAGACCAAGCCUUCAAGAUUAAAGAAGAUGUGUUAUUGAUGAGAGGAAACCGCGGAAUGCAAUGGGACGUUAUGACACAGAAGUUCCUUGAAAAUCACAUGCAGACAAUUACACAAGUAGUCAAGCAGCUUAGCAAAGACAUUGAGGCUCUAGAAAAUCAAAUUCUUGCAAGAGAUAAUGUCAGUACUGGAACAAGCUUUGCUUUACAAAGUCUGGAUAAGAAGCAUCUUUUCGGAAUUGGUGAUCUUCGUGGUCGUGUUGCCAGGUGUGACGCCAGCAUUGCCAAGUUGUCUGGGGAUGUAUCUGCAGCAAAACACGAGCUACAGAUGCAGGGGAAGGAGAUUCAUAGUCUCAAAGCUACAAUGGACACAAACAUGAAAGAGGUUGAUGCCAGGGUAAUGCAGCUAUUAGCGAAGAUGGAGUCUUCCAUUUCUGAACAAAGCUACAAAGUACAGAAUGCCCAGGGGGAGCAACACCACGAGCGUCAGCUUCUAGACUACAAACUUGGCGAAUUGCUUACUGAUGUGCGAGACCAAAUUCAAAAUCAGCGCACAUGGACUGAAUCCCAACUACAAAGAACAGCUGUAGAGCAGGCAAAGCAUAUAGAUCAGCUUCUUAAUACAGUAAGGGAGAAAAUGGAUGUAACAGAAAAAAGAUUUCACGAUAAUUUACAUCACCUUACAAUAAAAGUGGACAAUACAGAAGAGAUUCAUAAACUAGAAUCUAAGCUCAGCAAACUGAAACAUACUGAAGACAAAAUAAGUGCUAGAAUGGCUAAAUUUGAAACACAAAUCUGGGAUGAGAUUGAGAACAUGAAAAGUGAAUACAAAGCUGGAUUCCAGUCAAUACAGGAUUCCCUUAAUUCUCUUCAACAAAUACAAGAAACAAAAGUUAAAUUAGAAAGCAAGAAGGUCCAGAGAGACAUCAAGCAAAUGAGGCGAAAGAUUGUUGAACUGAAAGAAGCUUGAUCUUUUUUUCCCGUUAUACGGUCAUCGAUCAUGUGUGACUAAUAGUUUACAUUACUUGUUAUAAUCUAGAUCCAAGACAAGUAAAAGAGUGUGAAGAUUUAUCUAUUUUAAAUUGUCAUACUGUGCAAAAAAUCUGAAUGUCUACAUAUCUCAUAAUAAAAUUAAAUAUAAUUCUGAAUUAGUGGAUGAAAAUAUAGCAGACGUCUAAUGUUUUUCAUCAUACUUAAAAGGCAACAUGAGUAAAAGCAAAAAUAGCCCUUUCAAUGUAGGAAUACUGAUGUAAACACUUUGUAUUGUAAUUACAAGAUUAACACACUCUGUGAGUGUGAAAUGUUUUUUUGAUGCAUAAACACAUUGCUUUGAUGUAAUUGUCAUUAAAGGGAUAUGAAACCCAAAA